UUCUACAGCAAAUGCAGAUCAGCGAGCAAAGGCAGUCUCCCAGUUUGCUCCCAGAAUUUGCACUCGUACGUGUUUGACUUUGAAGAGAAACCUCGUGGAGGAAUAUCAUAGCUUUGGUCGUUUUUGAAGCACAUCUUUAACAAAAAAAGAAAGAAAGAAAAGGUGUCCUUUAGCACCAAAAGCAUCACAUCUCUGAAGAGGCGAGAAGACCAGAUACAGAAAGAAACAGUGAUUUUUUUUUGUUGCUCUAACCAAGAGCUGUUUUUCUCACUCUCCCUCACAAUCUCUCGUCUCCAUCUGUUGGAGCACUUGUGCCAAGGCUUGUUGCAUAAGCAGGGAUUCAUCUCUUGUCUUUGAGUGACACUAAAAACACUCAAAGAAGGGCUCACAGCCCAACGUUUUUGAUUUUACUGCUUUUCUUGCAGAAAAAGCAAUGAAUUUCUCUCCUUAGUUCUUUUAACUACCAGCCAAUAACCAUGAUUCACCUGUGUGUAAAUAGUAGUCCCACCUAAAAUUAAAGUUUCCCCUGUUUCCACCUUGGCUGACACCUUAAUAAAGCUGUUCCAGCCUCAUCCUAUUCUAGUAUGAGUUAUGACGACUCUAAAUCAAUGCCCAGCAGCAGCACUCGGGGGCGAGUGGCAAGGGCCGAGGAGAAAGACAAUGACCAGGAAGCCGAGUCAGAAGGGUUAAACUCUCUGAAAACCAGCAGCGGUCAGCCCAGUGCCAAUGUUACCACCCAGGACCAGGAGAGUGGAAAUGGAGGCGACUCCAUGGGCGGCUCAUCUCCCAGUGUGGGGUCAGGGUCCAGGGGCCGAAGGGGGCCCAACUCCGAUGACAUGGACGGGCUCUCCAGCGGGAACGACUCUGGGGAGAGGGAAAGUGAAGGCGGGAUGGAGAGAGACAACGGGUCACAUGGGCGCCAGUCCGUGCGCAGCUCCCACAGCUCGUCAAAUGGCAAGGACUCUGGCAUGAUGCUGGAAAACACAGAGAGCAACAAGAGCUCCAACUCCCAGAGUCUCUCACCUCCCAGCAGCUCCCUGGCCUACAGCCUGCUGUCGACCAGCUCGGAGCACGACCCCCCGUCCACCUCUGGCUGCAGCAGCAACCAGUCGGCGAGGGUCCAGACCCAGAAAGAUCUGAUGAAGGCCAUCAAGGAGCUGAAGCUCCGCCUGCCAACUGAGCGCAAUGCCAAAGGCCACACCAGCACUCUGAACGCACUCAAAUACGCCCUUCAGUGUGUCAAACAAGUCCGAGCCAACAAGGAGUACUAUCAUCAGUGGAGCGUAGAGGAGUGUCAUGGCUGCAGCCUGGACCUGUCUGCCUUCACAAUUGAGGAGCUUGACAACAUCACUUCAGAAUACACUCUCAAAAACACUGACACUUUCUCCAUGGGCGUGUCAUUCUUGUCAGGAAAGAUUGUGUACGUAUCACCCCAAGGCUCGUCCCUGCUCCGCUGUAAGCCAGAUCGUCUCCAAGGAACCAUGUUUUCCGAGCUUCUGGCCCCGCAGGACGUCAGCACUUUCUAUAGCGGCACGGCACCCUGCCGCCUGCCAAACUGGGCCUCGUGCAUCGGGUCUGCUUCCCCUCCAGUCGACUGCACUCAGGAGAAAUCCAUGUUCUGCCGAAUCAGUGCCGACCAGGCGCAGGCUGGCGAGAUGCGCUACUACCCCUUUCGCCUCACGCCCUACCAGCUCACCAUCAGAGACUCGGACGAUUCUGAGCCACAGCCCUGCUGCUUGCUCAUCGCAGAGAGGGUCCACUCUGGAUACGAAGCUCCUCGUAUCCCUGCAGACAAGAGGAUCUUCACCACCAGUCACACCCCCAGCUGCCUCUUCCAGGAAGUUGAUGAGAGGGCUGUACCAUUGUUGGGCUACCUGCCUCAGGACUUGGUGGGAACCCCUACCCUCCUCAUCAUCCACCCUGAAGACAGGCCCAUAAUGGUGGCUAUACAUGAGAAGAUCUUUCAGUUUGCUGGGCAGCCGUUUGACUACGCACCCUUGAGGAUGUGCGCCCGCAACGGGGAAUAUCUGACCAUCGACACCAGCUGGUCUUCUUUUGUCAAUCCCUGGAGCCGGAAGGUGGCCUUCAUCGUAGGGCGCCACAAAGUCAGAACGAGCCCUCUGAACGAAGACGUGUUCACGACGCCGCAUGGCUGCGAGACUCGGGCCACCACGCCCGACGUCGUCCAGCUGAGCGAGCAGAUCCACCGGCUCCUGGUGCAGCCGGUGCACAGCGGCAGCUCCCAGGGCUACAGCUCACUCGGGUCCAGUGGCUCCCGAGGCUCCCGGCGUUCACACCAACAGCGCCUCAGUGCCUCAGGCGCAUCUUCCAGCGACAGCAACGGUCCCGCCAUGGGCAAAGUCGCUGUCGCAGUCGCUUCACACAAACCUAUGACUUUCCAGCAGAUCUGUAAAGAUGUCCACAUGGUCAAGACUAAUGGACAGCAGGUUUUUAUCGAGUCCCGUAACCGUCCGAUGCCCAGAAAAAACACAAGCACAGGCACAACAAGCAUCAGAGCAAUCAGCAGUGACCCAAUCAGAAGUUUGAUAGCUGACAUGGCGAAACCACCCAAAGCUUUGGUCCCUGCUCCGAUUAUACCAAAGGAGUCCCCUGCUGGCUACUCCUACCAGCAGAUCAACUGUCUGGACAGCAUCAUAAGGUACUUGGACAGCUGUAACAUUCCCAACACUGUUAAAAGGAAGCGUGGCUCCUACACCACCUCCUCCACGUCCGAUGAGGACAAACAGGAGGCCAGCAACAACACAGGUGGUUCAGUUAACCUUGUAAGUGAACCACCUCCUCUGCCUCCCCUGACCAUGGCCACAAAGGCAGAGAGUGUAGCCUCAGUCACGUCGCAGUGUAGCUUCAGCAGCACCAUCGUGCAUGUGGGAGACAAGAAGCCUCCUGAGUCAGACAUCAUCAUGGAGGAGGCUCCUACUGCUCCUACAACCACACCAACUCCUGCCACAGCAGCACCUCCCGCUAACACGGCAAUCGCCUUCCCUCCUCUACCUUCCCCUCCUCCUCAAACCGCUCAGCCGGAGAGGGACAGCCGGAGAAGUGGAAGUGUGGGAGGUGGAGGUGGCCGCAUGGGUCUCACAAAGGAGGUGCUGUCCGCCCACACCCAGCAGGAGGAGCAGGCAUUCCUUGACCGCUUUAAGGACCUCAGCAAGCUGCGUGUUUUCGAUCAGGCGGCGUCUUCGACCCUGCGCUGUCAGACCCCAGCUGCCAACCCCCUGUCACGAGGAGCGCGUUGUUCUCGGGAUUACCCCGCCGCGGGAAGCAGCACCAGUCACAGACGUGGUCGUGGCGGUAAGAGACUCAAGCACCAGGAGUCAUCUGACCAGCACAGCUCUCUGGGGCUGAGCGGGAGCCGGCUCGACCCCAGGACCAGCGCAGCCCCCAUGCCCCUGAACAUCCCCAUCGCCCCGACAAACUCGUCCUCUUGGCCGUCUGUAGGCUCUCAGGCCAGCAUUCCCGCCGCCCCAUUCGCUCCUGGAAUGCUUCCAAUCUACCCAGUUUACCCACCGAUCGCCCAGCCCAUAUCUGUCCAAGAUCCAUCGCGUUUCCCCCCUACGCAGCUGGUACCUCCCAUGAUGGCCCUCGUUCUUCCCAACUACAUGUUCCCCCAGAUGGGAGCGGCCAUCUCUCAGCCAGGCCCCGUCCCAGUCCCAGUCCCAGUCCCCGGACACUUCUUCAAUCCCAACUUCCCAUACCCCGCCGCAGCCCAAGGAGCCAUCCCCACUGUUAUUUCAAACCCCUUACCGAUUCCGACCACCUGCGCACCGUCUCGCAGCAGCACCCCGCAGUCCUACACCCAGACACAGUCCUACACCCAGACACAGUCCUACACCCAGACGCCUGCUGACCGUGAGGGAGCAGAGUCCCCCCUCUUCCAGUCCAGAUGCUCCUCACCUCUUAACCUUCUGCAGCUGGAGGAAUCACCAAUCAACCGCUUAGAGGUCGCCACAGCCCUGGUAGCAACACAGCAAGCCACGCCUUCUGUGCAGGGCAAUGCAGCCGGCGGACAAAGCUCAGCCAAUCAGAGGAGCUCUGAUGAUACCUCCAAGGAGAACGAGAACGGUGAAGCUAAUGAGUCCAACAACGAUGCCAUGUCCACCUCCAGCGACCUGCUGGAUAUGUUGCUACAGGAAGACGCCCGCUCAGGCACCGGCUCAGCCGCCUCCGGUUCAGGGUCGUCAGGGACGAGGUCCUCUGGUUCAGGCUCCGGCUCAAACGGCUGCAGCUCCUUUGGCACCAGCGGCAUGAGCAGCAGCCAGGGCAGCCACACCAGCAAGUACUUUGGUAGUAUCGACUCAUCGGAGAACGAUCAUCUCCGCAAACAGCCAGCAGGGGGCAGCAGUAGUGCUGGAGGAGAUGGUGGUGAGGAGCAGUUCAUCAAGUGUGUCCUGCAGGACCCCAUCUGGCUUCUGAUGGCCAACACGGACGAAAAGGUCAUGAUGACCUAUCAGCUGCCCGUCAGAGACAUGGAGACUGUGCUGCGAGAAGACCGCGAGGCCUUGAGGAGCAUGCAGAAACACCAGCCACGCUUCAGCGAGGACCAGAAGAGGGAGCUGAGCCAGGUUCACCCCUGGAUCCGCACAGGUCGCCUGCCCCGAGCCAUCAACAUCUCUGGCUGUACUGGCUGCAAGUCUCCGCCCUCCGUGCCUCCCGCUGCUCCGUUCGAUGUGGAGAUCCACGAGAUGGAGCUGUGCAGUGUGCUGAAAGCUCCAGAGGAGAGCGCCAGAGAGCGCAAGACAAAUCUGACAGAGACGGCCAUGGAUGAAGCUCACCCAGAGGAGGAAGAAGAUGAAGAAGAGAAGGACAUGACAGCGGAGGAGCAGCAAGUGACCUCAGAGGAUGUGAAAGAAAAGUCUGACAUGACUCAUUGAGCAGAUGGCCAAAGAUUAAGAACACUAUCACGACGUUUCUUUGCUGAUGAGCAGAAAACGUGCACCUUCCAGCACUUCCUGUGCCCAAAACAUUUUACACAUAGUGUAUAAAUUGGUAAAACGGGAUUUGCUGGGACCAAAAAGGUGCAUAUUGAUCGAGACAACUUCCAUAUGUUGUUUGACAGGUCAGGCAGGACACUUGGCCCGGCUCAUUCAUCACGAAGUCUGACUUCGAUGACAGCACACCAGGCAUGUUGUAUGACUGCAUACUAAGGAGCACUUAACUUUCCUUUUUCUUGUAGUUCUUGGCAUAUUUAUUGAAGUUGUAAGAUAAUCAGAGAGGACUAAGGUGAAUGUGUUCGAUAAAGGCGCCUUGAAGUAAAGAUGGAUGUGUACUUCACCACAGUGUCCUCCAUCACGUUUUCCCUCCUGUUUAGGGUUCAGCUCACGAAAGGAAGGAAAAGAAGGGAGUUCAUCUGUGACUCCUCUUCUUGUUGAAUGUUUCCCAGGAUGUCUGGGAUCCUGCUCCCAGUCACAUCCUGUUUUCUCUCUCAUGUAAAAAUGUUUGCCCCAUUUAAAGAAGAAGCAACUGUCACCUUAUAGACGAAAUGUACAGUGGAUACCAGGUUAUUUUGUAAACAAUGUGUAUAUUUUUAUACUUUCAUCCUGCUCAAAUAGAGAGAGGAUAUAUGCCCAAAAGAGUGUCUACAGUAAAACUGUAGAAAUAGUGUCCGCAAUGAAAGAAAACAUAUAAAACAAGUAGCUCUUUAAAAACGGAGAUGUUGUAUCUCUGGACACGGCAAUCUAAUUGCUUUACUAGAGAGAUGUACAGUAAAUCGUGGGGCAGCGUGGCAAUCGCCGGGAGAAUGAUGUGGACUCAAAGGGAUUCUUCCUUGGCGGGGCAUUAGUUUGUGCUCUGAUGUUGUCUCCCCACAGGGUGAAAUGACCAAUGAUUCUCUCACAAAAAUCACAGACGGUAUUUCCCAAACUGCCAGCACCCUAAGGAGUGCUUGUGUUGCCAGAUCUUGCUCACAUUGGUGGGUGGCUUUGGAAAGAGGAGGAAGUAACUCUCUAAAAAUGUUUGAAGAAUGUUUUGUUUACUAUCUUUCUUCCUCUCUGUCCCUCUCUCUCUCUCUCUUCCUCUCUGUGGCACUGUUCUGGUCAUGUGAUAUCCUUUGCUUUAGAGCAUCAGUGGUGUCUGCAACAGUUUCUAAAUAUUUUUGUGAAAAUUCUUUGUACAAAAAAAAAAAUCACAAAUAA